UGGGACUUCCUCUCCCUUACCGAGCCAAUAAAUAGGAGGAGAUCGGACUGAUCUUGGACAUCGAUGAUGAGAUGAAGAAGUUGUGCAGCACUUUCACCACCAUCCAGGCUGUGUUGGAGGAUGAAGACAAGCAAAUCGAGAGCAAGUCAAUUCGAAAUUGGCUGCAGAAGCUCACAACUCUUGCUUAUGAGAUUGAUGACAUUUUGGAUGAGUGCAACACUAAUGUCUCCCAACUCAACCACUCUUAUUUGAAACUCAGCCGCUACAGCCCCAAGAAAGUUCUGUAUCGCCACAACAUCGCAAAGAGGAUGAAGCAAGUCAACGAGAAACUGGAGGCCAUUGUUGCGGAGCAGGAUAGGUUUCAUCUACGCGAGGUGUCUGUUUACAGGCAAAGGGAAGUUGCUCUGGUGGCCUCACGUGAGACGGCUUCCCUGUUGAACGAGCCUGAUAAGAUUCAUGGCAGGGAAGACGACAAAGACAAGAUUGUGGAGAUGUUGGUGAAUGAUGUCAAGGAGAAACAGGAGAUGUCCGUUCUGACAAUCAUCGGUGUUGGCGGCCUUGGGAAGACCACUCUCGCUCGACUAGUCUUCAACGAUCCGAAGGUGGAAGAGCACUUCGAUGUGAGGAUUUGGGUUUGUGUUUCUGAUAACUUUGAGAUGAAGACUUUGGUGAAGGCCAUGAUUGAAUCUGCCUCGGGAAGGAGUGGAAAUGCUUCAGAUCUGCAACACUUGGAUGCUGCAGAGCGUCGCCUUAGGGAAUUGUUGAGCAAAAAAAGAUAUUUAAUUGUGAUGGAUGAUGUUUGGAACGACCACCAGGGUAAAUGGUUUGAGCUGAGAGAUGUUCUAUCAUGCGGCUCAACCGGUUCAUCCGUUGUCGUUACCACGCGCCAGAAGAAAGUUGCUGAUAUCAUGAGAACACUUCCAUGUCAUUGCCUUGAGGGGUUGUCGGAUGAGCAUUGUUGGGCACUGAUGCGGCAGUGCGCAUUCGAAUCAGAUGAACAGGUGUCUCUGCAGCUGGAAGUAAUUGGGAAACAGAUCAUGAAGAAAUGUGCUGGAGUGCCCCUUGCUGCUACAACGCUUGGAGGAAUCCUACGGCUUAAAAGGAGAGAAGAGGAAUGGAUACAUGUGAGAAAUAGUGAGAUAUGGAAGUCGUCGGCAGAAGAAAGUUUGAUAGUGCCAGCUUUGAGACUGAGUUAUCACCAUCUUCCUUUGGAACUCAGACAAUGCUUUGCUUAUUUUGCAGCCUUUCCUAAGGACCAUUACAUUGAUAAGCAACGACUGAUAUUCCUAUGGAUGGCUCAUGGCUACAUUUCAUCAAAAGGGACUCUACAAGUGGAAAACGUUGGAAAUCAAAUCUGUGAUGAGUUGUUGCUUAGAUCUCUUCUACUAACAGAUGCUGAAACCAGCACGAUUGGUAUGCAUGAUCUCGUUCAUGAUCUGGCAGAAUCAAUAAUGGAGAACAAAGUUCCUGAGAAAACAAAUGAUAGUCAAAAUACUCCUGAACAUCCAAAAUCCAUCUCACGGGAUUAACACCAGAAAACCGAGGAGGAGAGUCUGGAGGAGAGUUUGACAGCAAGACGGACAUGGUGGUAGAAAUCAAUAGGAGGAUGAGAACCUAAUGAAAGCACCAAUUUGAUAGGAAUUAACGUGAGGUUAAUUCCUAUGGAAGAGAAAUACUGAAGAAGAGGAAAACAACGUGACUUUGUAGAGAUUUGGAGAGAUUGGCGAUUUCUCCAAGAGGGAGAAGUGAAAGGGAUCUCCCAAUGGCCUCAACUAUCCGCGAGUAGCAAUAGAAGAUUUGCCUCCUUCCAUCAGCAAUCUUAAACAUUUGCGAUUCUUGAAUUUGUCCUAUUCAGAAAUUCGCACUCUCCCGGACUCCUUAUGUACACUUUGGAAUUUGCAAAUUCUCAAUUUGGAUUACUGUGACAGGCUUGUGGCUUUACCUAAGAAGCUAACAUGCUUAAGUAAUCUCCAACAUCUAUGUUUAUGGGACUGCGACUCAUUGUGUGAGAUGCCAUCUAAAAUGAGAGAGUUAAAUGGCUUGAAAACAUUGAGUAUGUUUGUUGUCGGUGUCAAGAGAGAUAACCAACUUGAGGAACUGGAAUGUUUGAACCUCAGUGGAAGGCUUCAGAUUAAGCCUCUGGAGAGAGUGAAACACUACAUGGAUGCAAAGAAAGCAAAGAUUGUAGAGAAAAACAAUCUUCGAGAGUUGAGAUUGUCAUGGGAAAGAAAUGAUGUAUCCAAGAUAAAGGCGGACGUUGAUGAAAUGGUUCUGGAAGCACUUGAACCACACACCAAUCUUGAAUCUCUUAAUUUACAAGCCUUCGGGGGUAGAUAUCUCCCAAGUUGGAUGACAAAGUCAAUGCUUAGAAAAAUAGUUACGAUUGAAAUAAGUGACUGUGAAAAUAUUAGGAGUUUUGCAAAACUGGGAGAGUUACCUCAUCUUGAGAGGCUGUUCUUAAGGAAUGUGGGGGUGGAGUAUAUUAUUGAAGAAGAAGAAGUUGGGUGUGGACACCCAGUAAAGAUACAGUUUGUAGCUCUGAAUCAUCUGCAUUUAAUUGAUCUCCCAAAUCUGAAGGGGCUCUCCAAGGAGCAAGAGAGUGGUAAAGAAGCAUUCCCAAAUUUGGAAUUCUUAAAUAUCAACCGUUGCUCUUCAUUAGUAUUGCCAUCACUCUCGUCCCUCAGAAAGUUGACGAAACUAGUAUGUAGAAGCUCAGAUUUGGCUUUAUUAUCUGAGCACGAAGUUCCUAGUGAUCUGUCAAUUGUAAUUGGAUAGAACCUGACAUGUUUCCCAAUAGAAGCGCUGAAAAAGUUCAAUAAGCUGCGGCCAUUGAAAAUUGAAAAUGCAAAAGAGAUCUCUUUAACAAGUGAAGGCUCGAAAGCCUUAAAAGAGCUUACACGAUUAUGUCUACACAGCUGUCAUCAGACAAUGAGAUCUUUAUCAGAAGGGAUGUUGGGACACCUUACUGCUUUGGAGGACCUCACCAUUUGGAAGUGCCAUGAAUUACUAGAGUUUCUCAAAGAUAUUAAACAUCUGCAUAAUCUUAAGAAACUCAUGUUGUAUGCUCUUCACAAGAUGACGCGCUUGCCUCAAGCCUUUCAGCACCUCACUCAUCUAUACCUAAACGAUCUUCCUGAGCUGGAAUCACUCCCAUAUCAGCUACCAUCUCUUAUAGACUCGUCUUGGAAGACUACCCAAAGGUUGUAUCGAUUCCAGCUUGCCAAAUCUGAAAGAGCUAACUGUCAGUGGAUGCCCACAACUGGAAAGGCGAUGCCAGAGAGGAUGUGGAGAGGAUUGGCACAAGAUUGCCCAUGUUCACAGCAUCUAUAUUUCUCCAAAAUAACUUAUAAGAUGAGUGUUGGAAGAACUUCAGAAAGUUGGCAUUGUGGCAAGGGGCUAAGAAAGUACAACGUCAAACGCUCAGAGUCGAAUGCAAGUGCCUAAGAAUUUGUGCUUGGGUGAAUUUCUGUGUUUAUAAGCAAAGCCUGCCACGACAGUGACCCCGCAAGCACCGGGUCCCAAUGAUCUUGAGAGCAGAGUCAAACCGAUGAAUGAUUUGGGCCUUCCCCUGUCUUACCGAGUAGGCAUCUGCAGUUCAUUAUGUCUCUUUAUCAUGUUAGUUAGGCGAUGGAGUUGAACUUCUCGACAAUUAAGCUUAGUUGCUUCGCAUUACACAUUAUAACAUCAACUUCUUCUGAUGAAAUGCCUAAGCUGCCCGAUUAUGAUAUUUUAGCUAUCAGUUGAAGCUCCUGAGUAACAACUUCUUUGUUUAUAAUAUGUUUAGGAUGUGUAGAAAAUAUGC